AUGUGCCCCUCCAAACUCCCCAAGGGUGCCUCUGAUCGACUCUUGAAUCUAUUGUAUUCUUCCGCUCUGAAUGAAAUCGCUCCUUUAAUCCCAAGAGUUGGUCAAUUUCUUUAUGAGAAAUCUUCAUCACCUCCUCGUCAUCAACAACCACAACCACAACACCAACAAACUUCCACAAAAUUUGUCUCCUCCGCCUUGGAAAACUCAAAAAUAACACAAGAAAAUUUAAAUCAAUUUGACCGUAAGACAAUGACAGUACUUCCUUCCGCGGGGCUCCGCGGCCUGAACUCAGAUCAUACCACCAUUACUACCACCACCACCCAUAAAUCUAUAUUAGAUGAUCUUAAAUCAAAUCAAUGGAAUCAUAAACCAAGUGAAGAUGCCUUAAAAGAUCUUCCUAAAGGACCUCAAACAUCAAUAAAAUCAAAUGUUCUUCGAUUUUCUUGUAAGAGUAAUUAUCUUACCGAGGCAACAUUUCAAAAUCUUUAUCCAAUUAAACGUGAGAGGAAAUAUUUAAUUCCUACAAUUAAACAGGCACAGGAAAUAUUGAGAGGUAAACCAUACAAGGUGGAUGAAAUUAUGAAUGAAUCUAAUAGAUCUGGAAUUGAUUCUACUAGUUCUAGUACUAUUACUACAGGUUCUUCUUCUAAAAUUAAUACUAGUCUUUAUUCUGAUCACAUGACGCGCACGUCCUCCUCGGAUCACGCGCCCGAUCACAUGACCGCCGCAGAAUCCAUUAUAUCCACCACUAAUCAUCUCCCAUUCCAUGUUAUUAAAGGUAGAACCCCUCUACAAUUACAACCAAUUGGUUCAUAUUAUCUUAUUUUCCCCACCCAUCUUCAUGCUUGUAUCUAUUACCUUGAAACCAUGGGGAAAGUUGUCAAUGGAUUUGAUUUAUCCCUUGAAUUUAUUUCAAUGCAUGGGAAAAAUUCUGAUUUGAAGUAUUUAUCAUCUCCUUUUCUUGAUGAUUCGAUGGAAUUACAAUCGACUAAAAGUGUCAGUUCUUCCAAUGAUCUUGCUGCUGAUGAUUUUGUAGGUUCACCCACAAAAUCCAAACUUUUCCAUCAACUCUCAUCCUCACCACAUCACCAUGAAAACCUCCCACUUGCUGCUCUUCUCUCCUUUGCAUCCAGUGACUCGAGAACAAAUUGCGUCCUUGUGAGAAACCUCCCGUUUGGUCUCUCGAAACAUACCCUCCCAAAGCUUCUUUGGGACUACGAACUAGCACCUUUGAACGAUCCAAGCAAAUGUAUCGUGGAGGUGUCGAGCGACAUCGCGAGCCUGGUGCACGUGGUCUUGAUCCGGUUUGCCAACCACACCAACGCCAAGCGGUUUGUGCGCAACUUCCAUGGCCGCAAAUGGGAGUCUGGGGUUCAAUCACGUUCUGAGAAGAAACUCUAUGAUCCUCUCUUUUGCGAGAUUUUGGAUUGA